CAGAAAUACAAAGGAAGCAAAACGAGGAUCAGGAGAGCUUCUCUCUAAUCAGAGUCCUUGGCUCAUCUGGAAUUUCACUGGCAAAAAAGGGCCCCGCGUUGCGGCGUUGGAACGGCGCCGUAUAUCAAUUUGGGGUCUGCUGGUGAUGGGCGAUGAGAAGUCGUCGUCAUCGAUUGUAAUGGCGAGCAGAGACAGAGAACCGCGAGACCGUGAGCUUCUCAUUCCCGUGGCGGACUCCGGCGACGAGGAUGCAUCGUCCAAACCCUCCUCUUCGUCCUCCUCCUCCCACCACACCGGCCGCGAGACGUUUUCCAAAGUUGUUAGAAGUUGGGCAUCAAAAAAGUUCAUGACAGGAUGUGUGAUCCUAUUUCCAAUAGCGAUCACUUUCUAUAUCACAUGGUGGUUCAUUCACUUUGUGGAUGGCUUCUUCUCUCCGAUCUAUGCUCAACUUGGAAUCAACAUUUUUGGUCUUGGAUUUGUAACUUCCAUAACAUUCAUAUUUCUCGUUGGGGUGUUCAUGUCAUCAUGGUUGGGUGCAUCUGUCCUGGGCCUUGGUGAGUGGUUUAUCAAAAGAAUGCCGUUUGUUCGUCAUAUCUACAAUGCCUCCAAGCAGAUUAGUUCUGCCAUAUCCCCAGAUCAAAACACACAAGCCUUCAAGGAAGUGGCCAUAAUAAGGCAUCCACGUAUUGGUGAAUAUGCAUUUGGGUUCAUCACUUCAUCCGUUGUCCUACAGAGUUAUUCUGGAGAUGAGGAGUUGUGCUGUGUUUAUGUUCCCACGAACCAUCUUUACAUUGGUGAUGUGUUCCUGGUCAACACCAAGGAUGUUAUCAGACCAAAUUUAUCCGUACGGGAGGGAAUUGAAAUCGUUGUGUCUGGAGGCAUGUCAAUGCCCCAGAUCCUGUCAACGGUUGAUUCGCGGAUCAUGCCAGUGGAAAGAUGAGGGAAGGCGUUAGAUUUAGCUAAGUUGCUUCUUUAAUUUGUUUACCUUCUUUGGUUCUUGAAUGUCAUCAGACUGGCCUUGCAAUCAAUGUGGUGCUAUAUUAUCAGGUCUUAGAUUCUGGUGACAUUUGUAACAUCGGUUUUUUUCGGGUCAAAUUUGUAACAUCGGUUGUGAUGUUAGAAUGUAGAAAUGUUAGUGUUUCUGUGUUUGCUUGAAAUAUAGCUUGAUGGAUUAAGUGAGGCAUAUUAUAGCCUUUUAUUUAUUUAUUUUUACAUUUCAUA